AUGCGCUGGCUGAGGGUCUGGAGCCACCUUCUCCUGCCCUUGUUCCUCUCGCUAGCUCUCAUCCAGCUGUUUAUCUCCGACCAUAAAAGUACGAAAACCCUCCAACUCUGGAACCGGCAGUUAGAAGCAAAGCACGUAGAAAUGGACUGUGCUCAAAAGCAAACUUGUCCAUCGUGUACCCGAGACAAGAGAUGCAUUUGGUGCCGAGAAGAAAGAGUCUGCAAAAAGUACUGCUUCCCAUACUCUGACUGCAAAUUCAACUCCAUAUUCUGGGCGAACUGCAGAGUUGACCUGUUUGGAAUCACGAUGCUGAUACUGGUUGCAUUAUUAGCAGUAGGAUUCUUGUGGUAUUGCCUCGCCUACCACUUAUACAUGCAGGAGCGGCAGGCCUUUUAUUAUGCAAGAAAUGGACCAGUUCCUGGUUACGGCGACGGGAAUGCUAUUGAUAAAUUUAAAGGAAAGACAAUAAACGCUAUUGAGGAAAAACAAAGCAUUGAUCUAGCAAUGGCAGAAACAGGAGGUAAAGAGUCCAGGUCCAGAGGAACAGGAAAAGAGAAGGAGAACAGCCACGUGGGGUGCCGCUCCCUGAAAGAGGCCCACAGGCCUGCUGGAUUUCAGCAGCGGCGUUGGCAGGAGUCCCGCGUGUAA